AUGAUAAACCAAGCAUUCAUAUGGCAUAAAAAAAGUGGUGCAAAGAGAAGAUUCAAACAUAAUUUGGACUGGUCUGCUUGGUUGCUUAUGCAGGACAUCAACAAGAGUGUUGAAUCUUAUGUUGCUGUCAAGAAACCUGACUCUAUGAUAAGGUUGUGUUUUGAUCCUACUCAAACCCCUAAUGUUGAACCUGAUGUUGGCAUUUCUGCUAAUGGUUCUGUUAUUUCAAAUGUAGUGGGUAAAGUAAGAACAACUGAAAAAUUCAUCUCUGAAAAUUUUAAUGAUGUUAUGAAUGGCUUUUUUGAUGUAUCUCUUUCUAAAAAUCUGGUUCUUGAACCUGAGACUGAUGUUGUGCCAAAUGUUACAACAUUCUUGGUUGAAAUUGACCAUCCUGACAUUGAGGGUCCUAAGAAGUUUAAAGAGAAAAUUUCUGGUUGA